CCCAGCGACGGGCCAGUUGCCAAUUCGACUCCAUAACUGUGCUUCUCGCCGGAGAUUUGAGAGCAGAUCACUGGUGCAUCGAAUUAUCAAACUGCCCCGAAGCACGGCCAAAGCCAGUCAUUUCCCAAUCCAUAUUACGGCAGGGGAACGAAGCUUCGGAGGCGAGGGGAUCGAUAUAUAUUUCAAAGGAAAGAGAAAGGGAGUUUGACACUUGAGAGGUAAAGGGAGAUGUAUCAAUGGCGGAAAUUUGAGUUCUUUGAGGAGAAAUCCGGCGGGAAGAGCUCGAUUCCCGCCGAGGUCACUGGAAAGAUAGCGUGCUGCUCGGGCGGCAGGGGGCGGAUCGUCAUCGGCUGCGAUGACGGCACCGUUGGCCUCCUAGACCGCGGUUUCAAGCUUUUGUAUGGCUUUCAGGCCCACGCUUCCUCGGUACUCUUCCUCCAGCAGCUGAAGCAACGAAAUUAUCUUGUAACCAUUGGCGAGGAGGAUCAAACCUCAUCCCAUCUAUCCUCCACCUGCUUGAAAAUUUUUGACCUAGACAAGGUGCAGCCAGAGGGCUCAAGCACAACCGGUCCUCUAUGCGUCCAAAUAUUAAGGAUAUUUACCAGUCAGUUUCCCGAAGCAAUGAUAACCUCAUUUUUAGUUCUAGAGGAAGCUCCUCCCAUAUUACUUAUCUCAAUAGGAUUGGACACAGGCUCCAUUUACUGCAUCAAAGGUGACCUUUCACGUGAGCGUAUCUCAAGGUUCAAGCUUCAAGUGGAGGGUCCCGUAGAGAUUGGUGAUUCAUCCAUUACCGGGCUUGGUUUCCGGGUUGAGGGGCAAGCACGUCAACUCUUUGCUAUAACUCCUACCUCUGUGAGCCUAUUCAGUUUGCACGUUAACCCUCCUCAGAGGCAGACUCUAGAUCAAAUUGGAUGUAACACCAAUGCCGUCGCAAUGAGUGACCACCAGGAUCUAAUCAUCGGUCGUCCAGAAGCUGUAUAUUUCUACGAAGUUGAUGGUCGAGGUCCUUGUUGGGCUUUUGACGGCGAGAAGAAAUUUCUUGAAUGGUUUCGUGGAUAUUUAUUAUGUGUCAUCGGAGACCAAAGAAGCAACAAAAAUUCAUUCAAUGUUUAUGAUCUAAAGAACAAGUUAAUUGCACAUAGUAUGGUAGUGGGUGAGGUUUCUCAUAUGCUUUGUGAAUGGGGUUACAUAAUUCUUAUUAUGAAUGACAGAAAGGUUUUGUUUAUUGGUGAGAAAGACAUGGAAAGCAAACUUGAUAUGCUUUUUAAGAAAAAUUUGUAUAAUGUAGCAAUUAACCUCGUUCACAGUCAGCAUGCUGAUGCUGUCGCUACGGCUGAAGUUCUUCGUAAAUAUGGUGAUCAUUUAUAUGGUAAACAGGAUUAUGACGAGGCUAUGGCACAGUAUAUUCAGACAAUUGGUCAUCUUGAACCUUCAUAUGUCAUCCAGAAGUUCUUAGAUGCACAACAAAUAUACAAUCUAACGAAUUAUUUAGAACAAUUACACGAGAGAGGACUUGCAUCCAAGGAUCAUACAACCCUACUUUUGAACUGCUAUACAAAACUUAAAGAUGUGGAGAAAUUAGACAAGUUUAUCAAAGGUGAAGACAGUAUCAGCGAACAAAAGUUCGAUGUGGAAACGGCCAUUAGAGUCUGUCGCUCUGCAGGAUAUCAUGAACAUGCAAUGUAUGUUGCUAAGAAGGCUGAGAGACAUGAAUGGUACCUGAAGAUUUUACUUGAAGACUUAGGUAGUUAUGACGAAGCUCUGCAAUACAUUUCACGCUUAGAACCAUAUCAAGCUGGAGUAACCUUGAAAGAAUAUGGUAAAAUUCUGAUAGAGCACAAACCAGCUCAAACCAUUGAAAUCUUAAUGAAGGUUUGCACGGAUUCUGGUGAAACAAAGAGAAUGAGAUCUAAUGGUGCAGAUUUAUCCAUGCUUCCCUCUCCAAUGGACUUCAUUAACAGUUUUGUACAUAGUCCACAAUCGCUUAUGGAUUUUUUGGAGAAGUAUGUGAGUCGGGUGAAGGAUUCAACUGCUCAAACAGAGAUUAACAACACUCUUUUGGAACUGUAUCUAUCUAAUGCCUUAUCAUUUCCGUCGAUUUCACAAGAAAAUCUUGGUAAUGAUCUGAAAUUCAAAGCCAACAAUUCAAGGGAAGUAACUAAUGGGUUUGCAUCCGGGAAAAAGAAGAAACUGAGUGCAGAAAGCAGAGAUGAUAAGUUGGAAAAAGAUUGGCAGGGAAGAUUUCAGAAAGGGCUCUCUUUGCUUAAAAGUGCAUGGACAUCUGAGAUGGAACACCCCAUGUAUGAUGUUGAUCUUGCUAUAAUACUUUGUGAAAUGAAUGCAUUCAAAGACGGGCUGUUGUUUCUUUAUGAGAAAAUGAAGCUGUACAAAGAAGUAAUUGCUUGCUACAUGCAGGCUCAUGAUCAUGAAGGGCUGAUAGCCUGCUGCAAGAAGCUUGGGGAUUCAACUCAGGACGGAGAUCCAACCCUUUGGGGUGAUCUGCUGAAAUAUUUUGGUGAGCUUGGCGAAGACUGUUCCAAAGAAGUGAAGGAGGUUUUGGCUCACAUUGAAAAGGAUGAUGUUUUACCUCCAAUUGUUGUUCUUCAAUCGCUGUCAAAAAAUCCUUGCUUGACAAUUUCUGUGGUGAAGGACUACAUUGCACGGAAACUUGAACAAGAAUCCAAGUUGAUUGAAGAUGACAGAAAAUCAAUUGAGAAGUACCAGGAAGCAACCACCUCAAUGAGAAAGGAAAUACAAGAGCUCAGAACCAAUGCAAAGAUCUUCCAACUAAGCAAGUGCACUGCUUGCACUUUUACCCUUGAUAUUCCCGCAGUUCAUUUUAUGUGCAUGCAUUCCUUCCAUCUGCGCUGCCUUGGCGAUAACGAGAAAGAAUGCCCUGAGUGCGCACCUGAAUACAGAGCAGUAUUAGAGACUAAACGAAACUUAGAACAAAAUGCAAAUGAUCAGGACCGUUUCUUCCAGCAAUUGAAGAGCUCAAAAGAUGGUUUUUCUGUAAUUGCUGACUAUUUUAGUAAAGGAAUUUUGAGUAAAACAGUUAAUGACACUGAUACCACCUGAAGUUCAUUUAGGCUGCUGGCUUCAACUUUUCUAUAGAUCUCUAAUUUGAAUUACCUGUAGAGUUACAGGCGAUUUAGUGAUUUAAGGUAUUAAGGUUUAAUUGCAGGAGCUUUCAGAGGAAUAAAAUGGGCGUCGUUGAAAUUGUCUGAUCUUAGUAGAAACCAACAAAGGGGUUUUAAGUUUUGAUGGUGUGUGAGUUCAUAUUUGAACUUCGUAUGAAAUUUUAGGGUGUGAAUCGCUCCUUUGAUGCAUCAUUUUAACUUUUCUUAAUUCAUUUUUGUGAGUUUGAUGUACAGUGUGACUAAUGAUUAUGAUAAUUAAUCAUUUGUUUUCA